CAAGGCGCAGCGUGUAGAGCGGCUUCCCAUUCCUCGCACGUGAGCGGGGGGCACGCAGGCGCCGUCGCUGCAUGCGGCGCGUGCUGCGAUUGGAUGGGAGCGCUGUCCGUCGGGCGCGUGUCGCGUGCUUCUGGCAGCCGGGCUCCACUCCGAGCCCAAGCAGCGGCGCGGAAGGAGGAGGAUGGACGGGAGGAGUCUCGUCUGCCUGUUCCCGACAUCCUGCCCUUGAAGGCAGGGACAGCAGCAGCAGCACAGCGCUCUUCUCCUCCUCUGCCUCUCUUUUUUUUUUAUUAAUAUUCUCCUCCUGCGGUGUCUCCUGGACCGGUCGGAGGUUGCGAUGGGGGCCCGGUCAUGUUGAGCGGGGGGAGGGAGGGCCUCUACGAGCUGGGCAGCCGGCUCCAGCAGCAGGGCGAGUCGCGGGCAGCUCUGCGCUGCUUCCUGAGCUGCCUGCUGGGCCUGCCGCACGUGCACAGCUUCCGCUCGCUGCCCGACUGCCUGCACCAGAUCGCCGAGCUCUUCAUAGAGGAAAAGAACUAUGUGAAAGCUCUCCGCUUCAUCCAAGCAGAGAAGAUGUUCUAUGAGGUGGCGCUGAUCGAGCUUACCGCCCUACAAGGCAACGCAGGGGCUCAGGAGGCGUCUCCGCCGGGCUCUCCGGGAUGGGACUCUCCAGAGGAGCCGCUGGAGCUGUCGGAGCUCGCCUCCCAGGCACAGGACUACGAGAGACUGGCCCAGCUGUGCAUCAUGAGUAAAAGACCUCACCUUGCCUUGGAGUACAGCGGGAAGGCCACUAAAAUUCGGCAGAAGGCUUUCGGCAACGACCACCCCAUCACCGCCAGGAGCCUGGAGCUGCUCGCCUCCGUCUAUGCCGAGAUCGGCAAGACCGAGUACUCAGACUCGUUGGGCCAGUGCGUGUCAGCGCUGUCAAAGAGGUUCGCCACCAACGAGCCCUUCAGCAAUGCCCUCAAUGGCACAGCCUCAACCCGCAGGGUCCGCCACCACCACAGGAAGGACCCCCACCCUCCAGAGGAAGCACCAAAACCCCAGGUCUCCACGUGCAAAUUUCCCACCUCCAUCCUGAAGAGGUCCAACCUCAGCGGCAGCGACACAGAGCCCACCCAGAGGCGAAAAUCAGAGCGGCGGGUUCGCUUCAGGGAGCCGGAGAACGUUGUGCACGACAUCCCACAGUGUGACUGUUUAAUAGAUUACGACGGCUCUCCCUGUCGGCCGCACCUGGCGCUGUUCGCCUGCUUCUUCCUGCUGCUGUCCGUGCUGGGGGUGGCGCUGUACUGCACAGACCGGCGGAGGCCACUGCGCAUGUGUGAGGAGCUGGAGGCCCUGCUGGCCGUCUAUCUCCUGCAGAUGAAGCAGGUUGUGUGGGCCUGCUGGAUCUGGCUCACCAUGCAGUGACUGUGCAGAGCCAGGAGGGCGGCGCUCCAAUGAAUUCUCCACUGAAGACCUGACCAUCGUAAGGUCGGCACCCCCUUCACAAGCAUUUCAUGCUUAAUGUUUAAACAACAUUACGACAUGCAGAAAAGCAUAAAAAUGUAUAGUCGGUUAUGUAGCCAUUAUGGAUGUAUAAAUAUUUAAGCUAUGGAUAUGUCCUAUUCAAGUUGGAGGUUUGUAGAAGAUUAACAGCGUCAGCACUGAAAAAGGUUGCGCUCAUUACAAAUUGCAUUUUUACCAUGUAACCAGGGUCAAACAACAGUGCAGGCAAAUAUUUCCCUGGGGGUCCAAAAGCAAUUUAAUGUAAAUAUUUUAAAAUCCAUUUCACAACACUGGGUCAUUGUCCUGCCGUCCAGAACUUUUAAUGCAUAUUAAUAGAGUAGCUGUGUUGAGGAGCUGGCCAACGAGGGCAAGAUAGAGCUCUGUGCGAGGGGCAGCCGUACGGCUCGCAGACACGAAUCGCUGCGGGCCGUGUUCGUUGAACGCCGUCGCUCGGUCCCUCACCGAGCCACGAUCUUCCUACAGCCUGUUCGCUCGCUUCAUCACUGCUGGCUCCUCCGAGGCUCCAAGCAGAGCCAGCAUGAGAUGAAAUUCCAGCACAAACGUGUGUAUUUGUUCCGUAUGGCAACGUGCAAACCACGGAUGACCACGGGCUCUCGGUGACGACGUCCCGGAGGUCCUGUCCGUGCCUUUAAGCGUUCGUUUCUUUUUAGGCGUAGCAACAGAGAUGCCACAGGAAAUGACGGUAUGUCUGCAACAUGAGUACACGAUGUCUUGCUUUGUUUGAUUUUAAAGGCAUUUUGUAUAGACUUUACUAUGUUCAUUUUUUUUUUUUUUUAUUGCUCUUUGGUAUUCAGGUUUUAAAUAUCAGAUGCUGUUUAAGAUGGGAACUAUGGGACUGGUGAAUUCCUGUGAAAUCAUAAUGUUCAGUAUGUUUGGUGCAUUUACUUUUAUUUGGAACUAGACAUAUAUAAAGGCAAGCACAGUAAAUAUCAGCAUAACAAAAGAGCAUAAGUAUAUGUGUACCGUGGUCUAUAGCAAACAGCUUAAAUUAACCUCAUGAGUAACUGAUGCCUCCUUCCCUGUGAGGUCCUGACAGAACUGUACAGUAAAUAUCCCAACACUUAUAGCUAUGUAUUGUUUUACUGUACUGUAAUCUACUGAAUUACCGUUAAGCUAAAGUACCCAAGUAGUUAACUACUCAGUCUCUUUUAAGUACAUGUGCACACAAGUCCCAUCAUACUGAAAGCAAACCCCCCC